CGUGCGCGCGCGUCCCGACCGACCGGCGACUCCGUGACGAGCGAAUGAGCCACAGCGCUGUAGCGCCUAAUGCCGCUGAAAUGAAUGCGGAAUAGCAAGCACACGGGCGCUCGGCUCAUUCAUUCAUCCUGGCUGUCCUUGCCGCUUGCAUCAGACGGGCUGUGCUUUCAUCUCCGAGGAAUUGGCUCCUGCUACUGCUGCUGCUCCUGCUGCUCCUGCUGCUUCUGCUGCCGAUACGUUGAUUUUUCGCUCAGAACAUGGCAGAGGUAGCCGCUGCUGCUAAUUCUGCCGCUCGGGCUGAUGCCGGCGCCGGGGACAAACGGGUCGGAGCGGACGAUGGGGAUCCGACUGCGGGGAGCGCGGAGCCCCGCCAGGCUGCGGGAGGAAUCGACGCGGCCCUGGACGAAGUCUGCGCCGAGGGGGUCCCCCUGGAGAGCACGAUCCGGGCCGUGUACGAUGGCCAGGACCGCGGGGAGCUCAUGUCUCGCCUGGAUGUGCGCAUCCGGGGCCACGACCGCGACAUCGAGAAACUCUGCAACUUCCACUACCAGGGCUUUGUGGAUUGCAUCACUGAGCUGUUGAGCGUGCGAGCGCACGCGCUCAAGCUGAAGGACCACGUGGUGGAGUCCAACCAGAAGAUGCAGGAGGCAGGACGGGAGUUGGUGCACAUGAAGCGGGAGCUGGUGCGCACUCGCCGGCAGCAGAGAAACGUCUUGCGCACUCUGGAGCAGCUCGCGGCCUGUCUGCCAGUGCUGGAGACCUAUGCCAAGCUGCAGCAACAGAUGGAAGCAAAGCGGUUCUACCCGGCCCUGCGCACGCUGCAGCAGCUGGAGAGCUGCCUGCCCACCCUGCCGCGCUACCGCUUCUGCGCCGCCGUGCGGGACGGGGCGGCCGCGCUGCGCGGCACCGUGCGCGGGCACGCGGCCGCGCGCCUCCGCGACUUCUUGGAGCGUGCGCAGGAGCAGGCCGAGGCGCUGGGGGAGGCCGCCACCUUGCAGGCCCAGAAGCAGCAGAGGCGUGCAGAAUCCCGAAACAUCAUCUUCAGCUUGAACACGAACAGGGCCCCAAAAGCCACACGCUCGAACUCGGACCCGGAGGAUGACCUCGUGGAGGAGGACGAAGCGGAGUGGAGCGCACAGACGUGCCAACAAGGCGUUGAAGAGGAGAGUGUUGAUGAUAAUGAGGAAGAGGAAGCACCCAUGCAGGAGCUCUUGGACUUCUCUGCCCUCUACAGCUGCAUGCUUAUCAGCUCUGUACUGGGAGACGAAGCUGCCUUCCAGACGUAUUACCGGCAGCAGCGCCGAGAGCAAGUGCAGCUCGUGAGCCAGCCUCCCUGCAGCUCGACACAAACUUUGGACAGCUACAGGAAAUACUUCAACCAGAUUGUCGGGUUCUUCGUGGUGGAGGAGCGAGUGCUGUGCAGCACGCGGGGACUGCUGGAGCGGCUGCACCUUCUCGAGCUCUGGGACUCGGCCCUGACCCGCGUGCUCGCAGCGGUCCGCACGCUCGCUCAGACUUGCUGCAGUGAGCCGGAGCUGGUGCGAGGCCUUAAGGAGCUCCUCGUCUCUUUUGCUGACACCAUGCAGGGUCUCGGAGUCCCCGUGCAGCAGCUGCUGUUGCUGCUGCACGACUUCCGGGCGCAGUACGGCGAGGCUCUGCACGCCAAGUGGGCGGCCGCCUUCCAGAACAUUCUGGAUGGUGACUCGUACAGCCCCGUGAACCUGGCCUCGGAAGAAGAGUGCGCACGUCUGGCCAUCGCCUUCCCACUCUCCAGCAUCCCCACAGUGUUCCCUGCUUGCCUGCCAUUCUCCCCGGCCAUCCCAGCCAUCUACACUCAGGUGCAGGAGUUUGUCAAGGCCUGCUUGCAGUUUUCCGAGGACCUGCAUCUUAGCACCACGGAGCUGGAUGACAUGUUGCGGCGCUCCACGAACCAGCUGCUCGCCCGGGCACUGGCAGCAUCUCUGAUGGAGCUCGCAACGCGGCCCUCGCUGGGCCUCAUGGAGCUGGUGCAGCUGAGUGUGAACAUCGGCGAGCUGGAACAGAGUCUUCCCUCCCUCACGGACUUCAUCUCAGGCCUGACUGGCGUGGCCACGAGCGCCACCCACAACACGCUCCUCUAUACCAGUGACACAUUCAAGGAUGCCCGGCGGCUGGCAGAGGAGAGCGUGGAGUCGCGCCUCGUGGGCAAAGUGGACGAGUUUUUGUCGCUGGCCGAGUACGCGUGGGCCGGCGAGGAACCCACGGGCCGCGCGAGCUCCUACCUCCUCGACCUGCUCACGUUCCUGCGCAGCAUCUUCUCCCUCUUCUCCUGCCUGCCCCGCGCUGUGGCGAAGGCGGCGUGCAUGUCGUGCUGCAAGCACCUGGCUGCCUCGCUGCUCGCGCUGCUGCUGGGCGCCUCGGGGAGUCGGCUGUCUGCGGGCGCCCUGCAGCAGCUCAGCCUCGAUCUCAUGCAGUGCGAGGUGUUUGCGUGCUCGGGACCGGUGCCUGGCUUUGAGGAUGGUUCUCUAGCCCUCGCCUUCCUCGACCUCCGCCAGCUGCUCGAUCUGUUUCUCGAGUGGGACUGGGCCGAGUUCCUGGCUGACUAUGGCAAGCCGCACGCUCGCUACCUCCGCGUGGAUGCUGGCACCGCGCUCACGCUGCUGGAGAGGAUGAGGCAUGGCCGUCCCAGGCAGGCCGGUGUGAGCCAGGUGCGCGGUGCAGAGCGAGAUGAGGCGGCCCUCUACCACAGCAUCCUGCAGCAGCUCCGGGUCGUCGCUGCAGGUCUCAGGACCACAGGGCGCGUGGGGGAGGCUCUCUCGCGACGCCCUGCAGGGUUCUCUUCGCCAGCCGCCCGGCCGGCCCCUGGCCUCGUUGUGAAGUAGCCGAUGGGCACGGUGGGGGAGCGUCACCUCGCGACCUAUGGUGCGUGUACAGCUGCGCUGGCUUCUGUGACUGCAGUGCGAAAUGAAGCUCCGGGAAAAUACGACGAGUUUCGUGGCCGGCCCAGCCCGCGCGACGUCACCCAAUCUUCUCACGAUCCCUUCUCUCACGACUUGAAUCACGUUUUGUCUCAAUCAACUCCUAUAUCGAGUGGACAGAAAAUAUAAAAUCCCCACCUAAUCCCUGGCCUCGCCAGUUUUCUACUCAUGCCUCGUGUUGAAACUGAAAUCCCUGAACCAUUGUUGUAAUGUGCCAAUGUGUUGCAACGCUCGAUGUAUACGUAUCUCCACGACUACUGCCCAUGAUUGACCUGUCGCAGUCUCUUCCCUCUGUGGUUCCAUGUUGAGUUCUGCUGCAAUUCCAACUGCUGUUGUUGGCUUGAGGACAUGCGGCCUCCAAUGAUCCAUUGUCUUAAGAGGAUCUCACCAACCGGACCCCAAUAUUAGUCGACCACUUCACUUUGGGCCUCAAUUGUCGUUCACUUCCUUUCGUAUCUCCAUCGUCAUAGCACCCCAGCCUGUCGCCAGACGUUGCGAUGCAGAGGUAGGCAAGGAGAUGAAGGUAUGGUGGGUCACUUUGGUAACGGAGAGAGGGAUUAACAACGAGAAGCUCACAGCUCGGAAAGACGUGGACAUAAUGAGCCGAGAUUGGAGCGAUCUAAUCAUCAAUUGUAUUAAUGUGUGACUGCUUUUUCAUUACCAUCAGCGAUGUAUCGGAGAGUCUGUUUAAAAACAAAGGUAAUGGGUUACUAUGUUUGUCUAUGUUAGUUGAAUUGUAAUGGGAAUAAGUCAAAUGUGAUGUGUUUAACUUUUAAAGGGCAUAAUUUUUAGUAAAAAGGUGCAGUUGCGGCAUGAAUGUCAUGUUUGUCAUGUUUGGUUACAGCUGCACGGCGCGAUUGUCGUUCUUUUGAGGCGGUAACAAACAGCAACUUCUGGUUUGAGCAACAAGGCGGCAAGACGCGGUAUUGCCUUCUUCCGGUUCUGUUUUAGAUCGUCUCGACCAUCUGAAGGGGAGGCAAAAUGUUGGCCGGCUGAAAUAACAGCGCCUUCUGUGUGUGUGUUUAACUAGAUUGGACGUAAUGCCGUGUAUGUGUGUGUUUAACUAGAUGGGACGUAAUGGUUUUUUGGGAGUUUGUGUUUUUAUUGCUGCAACGUUUUAACAUUUCGUUGGCCGAAUGACGAUUGUGCGAUGAAUGUUGCGCGUUAUUUGUGUCUGUGAAUGAUUUUCUGGACAUUCCGUUUUUUAACAGUGAUGGUGCUGAGUGGGGUAGCCGAAAGAGUGCAUUCCGUCUCGCUUCAACUCCGAAUACAGUGGUGGCCCGUGAAACUAAAAUAAAUCUCACUCGCCUGGACAUCCAUCCUACUCAUAUGGUUAAUAGUCCCCUGAAUUGUCCAUUGCCUUGGUUGUCUUAUGGGAUCUGUAUGAACAAUGCAUCGUCGUGUGAUAAGAACAAUGGUUUUGCCAUUUUUCAACUCCGUUCAGUUUUCCUUUUUGCAACAAUGAAUGAGGCAGCAUUCCACGGUUGAGAUAAAAUUUUGCGUAAACAUUCAGUAAAUGUAAACUUGUAUUUUUAUCCUACAACUGGUGCUGCUUUUAUGAUGUCCACAGAUGUUUGCAUCUGGCCUGGGAGCUUUGCCUUUAAGUGCUGUGAAGGGCGGUGGUUACUUUUUGAAUUGUGCCAUCUGGAGCCUCCUAAUUUGAACAAUAGAUAUUGUCUGGGGCGUUGUAUAUGAUUUCUAUUGCUUUGGAGAUCUGCAUACAAUGCCUCCACGAGUUUUCUAUCAUACAUUGUGUUCCAGCUUGCUGUCUGAGAGGUACUCUCUGCAAUUUCCUUUUGGCAGCAUAUGUGUAUUUGAGUUUAACAUGCUUUUAGUUAUUUUACCAAUUAAUCAGUUUUCACCAGCAUAAGGAUAACAUUGGAAUACCAUGGAAAGUGCAUUAGGCACAUGAUGAUUGGACAAACUUAAAUGCUAAGCCACAGGGCUGCACAUACUUAUUUAAAAAUAUGAUUAUGACAUUAAUUAAUACUAUAUUAAAUAUACCUGUAUUUUUUAAACGUUCAUUUAAUUUAUCUGUGGUGAUGCCA